AUGGGACGCGCUGCGCAAACAAUUUCAUUUGCCCUGUUGAUCUCCUCAACCUACCUUUUACUUGCUCUUCCUCUCCUGACUGAGGAUUCGCCCGUGCCUUCUAUCCUGCCAACCAAAAUUCAAGUGGAAAUCAUUCCGGUGCUCCCCUGCUGGGCCCUCAUUACUCUGGGCGCAUAUCUGCUGGGACGGCUGGGUCUGGGCGUUCUCCGAUUCAACGACACAAAGGAAGCCUACACCGAGCUUAUGGGACAACUGGACGAGGCGAGGAAAAACUUGGACGCAAGGAAGAUUCGUUGGGAUUGA